GUGUUAAUGGAGAAAAUAUUGAAGUUUAUUGUGGUUUAUUAUUUGAUUUGUCUGCUUGAGCUUGAAUGGUUUGUUGAUUGUAGUUGACCUUAAAUUUUGAAUCUUUAGUGCUCAUUUGUUGAUGGGAUUGGAGAGAUUUGGCAAAUUAGUUGCUUGAUUUCAAGUUGGUUUGUUUUUUAAUUCAGCUUAAAAGGUUUGUUUUAGGGUUUGAAUUCUUGAAUUAUUGGUGGAAUUGAGAUAAGUUUAAAUGGAGGAGGAGAGUGGUUCUUGGAUUAGGAGAGCAAAGUAUUCACAUACAGUUUGCCAUCGUUUUGAUUCUUCAAGAUUGGGAUCUUUUCAUGUUCAGGGAGAGAGGGAUUCAGGUUUGAAAUCCAGGCCUGGAAUGUCAAUUUCUGAUCAGAAAUUUGAUUCCUUUACCCAUCAGAAGUCCGCUUCAUUUGCCAACCAUAAACCCUCUGUUGCUGCUGAUUCUCAGAUUCAGCUACAUCAUCCUAUGGCUAAUAAACAGCAAUCUUUAUCUCCUUCGCCGCAGAUGAACCUGUCGGAUACUUUUAAGGAAGCGAGGUCUGAGAGGAAGCGGUUUUCAACCCCGCAUCCUCGUAGAAAAGAUCAAGAUAAGAAAACAAGGGCUAUGCAAACCAAAUCAUCGAAACGUCAUACAAGUCCACUUCGGUACUUGACUUCAAUGAAGGGUAAUGAUAAGUCUUGGACGAAGUAUUUUGACCAUGCUGGAGGAAAGGUUAAUGCUGUAGAAGCUGCUGAUGAAUUUAGUGUUGAUAUGUCCCAGCUGUUUCUUGGUCUUAGAUUUGCUCAUGGGGAACAUAGCAGGCUUUACCAUGGUGUAUGCAAGGAUGAGCCUGUUGCUGUUAAAAUUAUCCGGGCACCUGAUGAUGACGAUAAUGUAACGUUGGCUGUUAGAUUAAAGAAUCAAUAUGACAGGGUAGUUACCCUUUUAUCUCGACUUCUCCAUCCAAAUGUUAUAAAGUUUGUAGCAAGACGCCGCCAGUUUAUUGUGUUAUAACAGAAUAUUUAUCGGAAGGUUCCUUGAGAGGAUACCUGCAUAAGUUGGAGCACAAGUCUCUUCCGCUAGAGAAAUUAAUCUCAGUAGCUCUGGGCA